AUGUUUUUAUCUUACGCUACCGUGCCCAUGUUUGUUUUCACGAUAAUGUUGAAUUUCUUCUUCUUGAACUCGCCCAUCAAAUCGACUGAGGUCGGCAUGCUCUUUGAAAAGUGCUCUGAUUGUCUGGCUGACUCGUGCCACAAAGAUAAACACAGGCCGUGCAUGAAAAUGCGCAGCGGUUCGUUCUUAUGUUUCAGGUGUGAAAUCGAAUUUGGUGACGACCAGUACUACACCUUCGAUGAAUGCAAGACGGGUUGCACGAACUCGAACAAGACAUGCGCGUGUGAAAGUAUGUGUUACGUGUGCAUCAGCAAAGCAUGGCUCGAAGAAGGAGGUACUUUACAGCCAUGUUAUUUUCCAACAGAGGAGGAAAGGAACAUAACGUGCAAGUAA